AUGAAGCGGGUGGCAUCCAUAGUAGCAGCAAAUCUUCAUAUGUUGGGAAAAUUAACAGAAGAUCAUUGUUGGGCUAUUUUCAAACAAAAAGCAUUUGUUGAUGGGAGGGUUCCAGAAGAAUUAGCGAGCAUGGGCAACAAGAUUGUUAAAAUGUAUCAAGGUCUACCGUUGGCUGCAAGUGUGUUGGGAGGCCUCCUACGCAGUAAGGAAAAACAUGAAUGGCAAGCAAUUCUUGAUGGCAACCCCCUUGUUGCACGUAAAGAUGAUGCUGGGGAAAAUAGCAUAAAGAAAAUCCUAACACUCAGCUAUGGUUAUCUACCAUCUCCACAACUUAAAAAAUGCUUUGCUUACUUUGCAAUGUUUCCAAAAGAUUUUGAGUUUGAAAAGGACCAACUUGUCCAACUCUGGAUGGCAGAAGGCUUUCUCCAUCCAUGUCAAGAGACCACUAUGAUGGAAGACGUUGGGCACAGGUUUUUUCAAAUCUUGUUGCAAAAUUCUUUGCUGCAAGAUGUUAAGUUAGAUGAGCACAACAGUAUAACACACUGUAAGAUGCACGAUCUUGUGCACGAUUUGGCUGGAGAUAUCUUAAAAUCUAAACUAUUUGAUCCGAAGAGCGACGAUGGAGAAAAACUUUCUCAAGUUCGUUAUUUUGGAUGGGAGUCACCAAGGGAUCAAAUAGAUAAGAUAAAUGAUCCAGAACGUUUGUGCACACUGUUUUGGAGAAGCAAUUAUAUAUCGGAAGAUAUGCUGUUGAGCUUUAAGUUCUUAAGAGUUUUAAAUUUGUCCAGUUCAGGAAUCAAGGAGUUGUCAGCCAAAAUCAGGAAGCUAAUAUACUUGAGAUAUCUUGAUCUCUCCAACACUAAGAUCACAGCCUUGCCUAACUCCAUUUGCGAGCUCUAUAAUUUGCAAACAAUUAGAGUCAACGACUGCCAUUCACUCGAGGAACUUCCACAUGAGAUGGGAAAUAUGAUAAGUUUGAGGCACAUUUAUUACAGUUUUCAGUGUGAUAAAAAACAUUUUCAGAUGCCACUUAAGAUGCGACAAUUGACUUGUCUUCAAACCCUACAGUUUUUCAAGGUAGGUUUAGAGAAAGGUCGUCAAAUAGAAGAAUUAGGUCAUUUGAAAAACCUAAGAGGUGAAUUGACGAUCAAUGGUCUCCAAUUGGUCUGUAAUAGAGAAGAAGCUCGAACAGCACAUUUACAAGAGAAAUCGAAUAUCUACAAGCUGGCAUAUGUGUGGUUCCAUGACGAACUAGAAGGAAGUGAGAUCAAUGAUGAAUAUGUCUUGGAUGGUCUUCAACCCCAUCCUAACUUGAAAACCUUAGCAAUAGUGGACUAUUUAGGGACUAAAUUUCCUUCAUGGUUCUGUGAAGAUUUGCUACCAAAUUUGGUCAUGUUGAAAUUAAGUGGUUGCAAAAGAUGCAAAGAAAUUCCAUCGCUUGGCCAACUGAAAUUGCUUCGGCAUCUUGAGCUGUUAAAGUUACAUAAGGUGGAAUGCAUCGGACCUACAUUUUAUGGUAUUGAUGGUAAGAAUAUUGGAUCAAGCCGCAAUAUCCAAGUGUUCCCGUCAUUGAAAGAACUAGUAUUGGAGGAUAUGUCUAGCCUUAUUGAGUGGAAGGGAGAUGAAAUUGGAGUAAGAAUGUUUCCUAGGCUUGAGAAGUUGACGAUUAAAGAGUGUCCACUGUUAAAAAGUACUCCAAAUCAAUUUGAAAUCCUCCGUGAAUUAGAAAUUGAAAGAGUUGACAGUGAAAUUCCAUUGUUGAACUUGUGCAGCAACUUGACAUCUCUCGUAGGGCUUAGUGUCGAUGAUGUGAAAGAGCUCACUUGUUUUCCAGAUGAGAUGCUACGCAACAAUGUUUCUCUUCAAAACCUAUCGGUCUCAGGCUGCAGAGAGUUUUGUGAAUUGCCACAAAGCUUGUACAAUCUCCAUUCUCUUAAGAGAUUAGAAAUACAGUACUGCCCCAAUUUCAGUUCUUUUCCUGUUCCCAGUGGAGAGAAUUAUUUGACUUCCCUCCAAAGUCUUACGUUAUGGAAUUGUGAUGGAUUGGACAGUUUACCAAGUGUAAUGCUAGAGCAUUGUUGGUCUCUGAGAUUUUUGAUGGUCAUCUGCUGUAACAACUUAGUUUCCUUGCCUUUACAUGUGUGGGAAAUGCCUUCACUUUCGUAUUUGGGUUUAUUAAAAUGUCCCAAAUUGAUUAGUUUACCCGCAGGGGGCCUUCACCGUCUCACCGGGUUAAGGGCAUUGGAAAUUGGUCCUUUCUCAGAGAAGAUGGAUUUUGAGGCAUUUCAAUUGAUUUUUAAUGGCAUUCAGCAGCUGUUGUCCCUUCGUAAUCUGGGGGUGAGCGGACGUGGGCACUGGGAUUCUCUGCCCUAUCAGUUUAUGCAACUCUCUGCCCUAACACAUAUCCAUAUAUCGGAUUUCGGAAUUGAGGCUCUUCCUCAUAGACUUGACAACCUUACUUCUCUUGAAACAUUACAUCUAGUGAGGUGCAAACGGCUACAACAUCUGGACUUCUCAGAUGCCAUGCCCAAAUUACGGUAUGUGGAGAUCAGUGAUUGUCCAUUGUUAGAAGCUCUGUUGGAUGGGCUUGGCAACCUUGUUUCAUUGAAAGAGUUAAGUUUAUGUAACUGUGAAAAACUAGAGCAUCUGCCAUCCAGAGAUGCCAUGCGACGCCUCACAAUAUUAUCGAACCUAAAAAUUAAAGGGUGCCCACAGUUAGAAGAAAGUUGCACCAAUCGGAGUGGCCCAAACUCCUAGUGGUCCAACAUUUCCCAUAUUCCAAGAAUUAAAGUAGGUAGAAGCGUAAUUCAAGACUUACAUAAUCCAUGAGCGGCUGGCAAUUACACUAGGAAUGCUAUUUGAGGCGUAUCUGUCCAUUAAGUUGAAGGAAUUCUGCUUAUUGAACCAAGAUUUCCAUUAGAGGUUUCUCCGGUUUUUGUAAGGACUACAGAAUCUCUCAAAUGAAAGAAGCUAUCACACGUCUUAUGGUUCAAAGUGAGCACCACAUCAGCGCCACGUCAUGGAGAGUUAAUGAUGAACAUGUGAAAAAUGUAAUCUUUUGAAUUUUGUUUGGGUUCCUACUGAUUCUCAUGUGAUAACUUUAACUGAAAGUGGGGUUGAUCCAUUGAAAAUUAUCAAGAUUGUUUAGCCUGUUGA